AUAUUUCAACUUGCCCACACCAUCCAGAUUCCAGAUUCCAGAGAAAUUCACAGCACACCUUUCGUCAGAAAUUUCCCUCCGCACUGGAGACAGCCUAGGGAUCUCCUGCCUCUUAGAAUCUUCAGGGAACCCCAUUUCCACUUGCCUCUUCGAGUUUCUAGGGAACUCCGUUCUGCUGCUGCUAAUUUUGCUGCUGGAGCUUUUUCGAGCGACGGCAGAUUCUGGGUGCAACUUGGCCGGCAGAUUCUAAAGCUGGGGCAGCUGUUGCGUUCCUCUGCUCUCUCGUCGUGCUUGAGAUUGUUCGGACGAACAUAGUGCUCGCUUGUCCAUUCCUGGCAAUUUUCUCGUGCCACGUCUGACAGAUACUGCUGAAAUGGCCGCGAUGCUGGGUUCCACCCUGUGCUGCAGCAAACAAGCCGUGAGGGUUUUCCCGAGCUUGAAGCCCGCGUUAUCUGGAAAUUCCGUACAAGCUCUUCCCUCUCGUUACAGUCACAAACCUCGCCAGCUGUCAAGCUGCACCAAUCGCAGCCGGCGGCGGGUGGUUCUGGUGGAGGCAUCAUCCCCCAAUCCGUCCCAGAUCUCGUUUGCCGUGGAGAGCCAGCCGACCCUCUUCCAGGCGAUCGACUUCAAGAAGCUCCAGAACGGAAGUGACAUAAGGGGAGUGGCUAUAGUGGGAGUGGAAGGCGAGCCUGUGACACUAACGGAGCCUGCAGCGGAGGCAAUUGGCACGGCCUUUGCUCGGUUCCUGCGGGGAAAGAAGGAGCAGGCAGGGGAGGCGGGUGACCGGCAGCUGAGCGUUUCCAUUGGCCAUGACUCGAGGGUGUCGGCUGAUGUAAUCACGGCAGCAGCAGCAGUGGCGCGUGGGUUAGCAGGCGAGGGCGUGAAGGUGGUUCGGUUCGGUCUGGCGUCCACACCGGCCAUGUUCAGCAGCACAGUCACCCAGGAUGAGAGCCUGCACUGCCCCAAUGACGGUGGCAUCAUGAUCACAGCCAGCCACCUCCCUUUCAACCGUAAUGGGCUCAAGUUCUUCACCGCAAAGGGCGGCGCCAACAAGGCGGAUAUCGCCACUAUCCUGGCUUCCGCCGCCCAGAUCUACGCGUCCAUGUCAGCAGAAUCCGUGCGUGCCAAUCAGGAGAAGGCGGAGAAGCAGACAGUGCUUGUGGAUUAUAUGAAGAGAUAUGCGGCGGAUCUGGUCGAUGCCGUGCGGAAGGCUGCUAAAGCUGGAGAUCGUCCGUUGGAGGGUUACCACAUCGUUGUGGACGCUGGUAACGGAGCAGGGGGCUUCUUCGCUGGCGGAGUGCUGGAGCCUUUGGGAGCCAACACUGCUGGCAGCCAGUUCCUUGAACCAGACGGCCUGUUCCCGAACCACAUUCCGAACCCGGAGGACAAGGCAGCCAUGGAGGCGAUCACAGCAGCGGUCCUGAGAGAGAAGGCGGACCUUGGGAUCAUCUUUGACACUGACGUGGACAGGGCAGCCGCCGUUGAUUCGUCCGGCAAGGAGAUCAAUCGCAACCGUCUGAUCGCGCUCAUCGCAGCCAUAGUGCUUGAGGAGCACCCAGGCACCACUAUAGUCACCGACAGUGUCACAUCCGAUGGGCUGACCACAUUCAUUGAAUCUAAGCUCGGAGGCAAGCACCUUCGGUUCAAGCGGGGCUACAAGAACGUCAUUGACGAGGGCGUCAGGCUGAAUUCGGUGGGUGAGGAGUGCCAUCUGGCAAUGGAGACGAGCGGGCAUGGAGCUCUCAAGGAGAACAGAUGGCUUGAUGAUGGCGCCUACCUCAUGGUGAAGCUGCUGGUCAAAUUGGCAUCCGCAGCAGCCAAGGGAGAGGCGAAGGGCAGCGCCGUGCUGACGCGCAUGAUAGAGGACCUGCAGGAGGCGGAUGAGGCCACGGAGGUUCGGCUCCGGAUCAACCAGGACCAUGCUGACGUGGCACCCAUAGGGUUCCGUGCAUAUGGGGAGAAGGUUCUAGAGGCGCUCACUGCCACGGUGGAGGGUGAUGCUGCGCUGUCCAAGGCUCCGGUCAACUACGAGGGGGUGCGGGUGUCUGGGUUCGGUGGAUGGUUCCUCCUGCGCCUGUCUCUCCACGACCCUGUCUUGCCACUCAAUAUCGAGGGUCCUUCCAAGGCGGCCACUAGGAGGCUGGCAGAGGCUGUCGUGUCCGUGACCUCACAAUUCCCGGCUCUGGAGAUAUCUGCCCUUCAGAAGUACAUCGACGCCUGCAACCAGAAUUGAAAAUGAGACGUGUGAGGUCCAGAUGAGUUAUUUUGGGGCAGAUUUUGAAUCUUCUGGACGGCAUGUGCUGCGGCUGCAGCAUGGAGCUGGAGUAGUGGUGGUUAUAGUAUUAGAGUGUUCACAAGUUAUGUGUAAAAGUAGGAGCUAGCAACACAGUUUCUAUCGCGCAUGUUUUCUUCAGUUGUCCCGUAUGAACGCACUAAGCACGAAACGUCGGGUCUACCGUUGGCGCGAAUUUCCGAUUCGUGGCUGUCAAACAUCCCAUGAAGUCCGGAGGUCUCGCCCCGUUAUUGUGACAUGCGCAGAUGUGCUUGCGUGGCUCCUGCCGCGAAACUGUGGUAACCCGUAAGGGAAUCUCCGGGACAACGACGAAGGUCGCCUGAAGUGACGAAGAUUUUCGUGUAAAAUCAGACCAAUCAGAUGACUAAACCAGCGCGUUAACCGUCGUAGAACCUUGAAGUUGUCGGAUGAUCGGAUCACGCCACUCCGCCCGGCCCAAAGUACUGAGUGGUCUACAAUAGCAGCCAUUGUAGACUUGGAUGUCAAAUUGUACUUAGCGGCUGGUCAGUGGCCAUUCACGAACUAGCUCAUUUUUGCGAAGCCUGGUCAUUAGUGUGCUCGUGAAGGCUCGCACGCGAGAGACGCUAUCGACUCUAGCGAAAGACAGUGGGACCUGAUCGCACACUCGCAGAAGCCGUUCAGGAGCAAAUCAUUUGUGUGUACUCGCCGUCAGAUGUCGCGAGUAUGUCAUUCGAUCGGCACUUAAGGAGGGUUUCGAUCGGCCGGUGACUGAGUUAAUCUGCACAUCGAAGCUUCGUGGUCGCUGCUGUUGAUGCAGAUUGAGCUGACCAGCGAGCUGUUGAUGCUGAUCUGGCCGAUGAUGACAGCUUUCAAGGUUCUGACAUCACCCGUCGACACCACCAGGCUACUCCGACUGAUCCGCGGUAGCAGCAUCUGCAGUAGUAGCACCUGCAACCCUCCGCAGUGCACCUGCACGUUAUCCGCAACAAUCGUCCACUGUAGCAGGCAAUGCACGGCACAUUGCAGUGAAUCAGCUUAUAACGGAGAGCCGCACCGACCAGCGACCUCCGUAGCAGCCGAAUCUCUUCGUUAUAUUCCCGCCCGGAAUUCGUUACCGUCAAUCCCGCGAAGCCCAGGUGUACCACCGCA